GUGAAGUAGGGCCGGACUGAAGGGAAUGGUAUAUAAAUCAGUACCUAAGUGAGGGGACUAGCAGUCUAACAUGAGAGGAAGCACUACAGUCCAGAUUAGGAGGCAUAAAGUAACUGAAGACAAGAUGAAAGCUUGUUUCCUGAUUGUACUCUGGCUGCUGUCUGCUGGGAUAGAGGCUCAGAACAAGUAUCAAAAUAGGGUACAGCAGAGCGUUCCAGAGGUGCACACUAACAAACGCCCUCCAUUCAAGUCAUGGAACAGCCAGAUGUAUCCUGUCUGGAAAGGAAGUGAAGCCCAGAAAAGGGACUGCUGGAAAGGAGGACAAGUGACCUUUAAUCUGCAGAAUGAUGCACCAACACUGACUGGUGCAAAGGCAACCUUCUUCAUUCAGCUGAACUUCCCCCAUAAUCAGACUGUGCUGCCUGAUGGACAGAUUGUUUGGAGCCAAAACCGCACGAACAAUGGUACCUGGCUGCCCUCUGGUGAGCCAGUCUACCCGGAUGGAUCAACAGAAGGUUCCAAAUGCACAUUUCCAGAUGGCCGUCCAUUCCCACAAGAAGCUGAGCAGAAACGCAGCAAGUUUGUAUACGUCUGGCAAGUAUGGGGAAAGUACUGGCAGGUGGUAGAUGGUGCUUCCUCCAAUCUCACUGUAGAGACAGAUGGUGUUCCCCUUGGCUCCUACACAAUGGAAGUUGUUGUUUACCAUUAUCGUGGUCGACAGAAAUUCAUCCCUAUUGGCAGUACCUCCUCUCAAUUUGCAAUAACUGAUCAGAUUCCAAUCUCCGUUUCCAUAACCCAAGUCCUUGACUUGGACCAGAAUGACCAGCGUUUUAUACAAAACAGAGCAGUGUCCUUCUCUGUAGCUGUUCAUGACCCAAGUGAAUACCUCAAGGCAUCGGACAUAUCAUUCUCCUGGGAUUUCGGAGAUCAGAGUGGUAUACUAAUAACUAGAAAUACAGGUGUCACUCAUACUUAUGUGUCUUCUGGUGUGUACAAUGCAAAAGCCACCGUGCAAGCUGCUAUUCCAAUAUCUUCAUGUGGUAGUACAACUGCACAAGUGGCUACUACAGAACUAUCUUUUGAGUCGACAACUGAAGCUGCUGUGGCCACUACAAAUGGUGGGCAAGAGUCUGUGGCUCCCAGUGAUACAUCAGUGCCAGUUCCAGGAAACUCCACAGUAUCUGUGGGUGCUGCAGCUGACCUGGUGACUGUUGAUUUACUGGAUAAUGAUGUAGAAUCUGCAUCUGUGCAACCAGAAUCUGCUAUUACUGCUGUCCCUGAAGAUGGGACACAAGUGACUGACGAGGCUGAGGCUGUUACACUAAUAGAAGCUGUCCCCACUGAGGAAAGCACAACUACUGCAGAAGUAACUGAAAGUGAAGUGGCUGUAACACUACCUGAAGCUGUACAAACACCAGACACUGUACCCAGCCAACCUGGAGAAACUGGAACACAAACUGAGGGCCCUGUAGCAAGUGCUGCAGAGAGUACUGAGGCUGCAGUGACUUCCACUGGUAUAAUAACCACACAAGAUCUGGCUGCAUCCAAUGAAACUGUACCUGCCACAGAAACUGAAGUAUUGUUGAUUGCUAAACGCCAGGCUCCUGAGGGACCUCUUGUAGGAUGUCUAAUGUAUAGAUACGGGACAUUUGCUACUGACCUGGAAAUUGUUUCGGGAAUUGAAAGUGUCCAAAUUGUACAAGUGGAGCCUAUUGUAGCAGUUGGACUUGAGAAUACAGUGGACCUCACAAUUACUUGCCAAGGGAGUGUUCCAAGACAAGUGUGCACUGUAAUCUCAGAUGCUGACUGUGAGAAUCCACAGGAGACGGUCUGUAACCCAGUGGAACCCUCUGACUGUCAGUUAGUACUUCGGCAAGCUUUCAAUAACUCUGGAGUCUUCUGUGUUAAUGUGUCCUUGGCAAAUGAUGUUAGCUUGGCUGUAGCCAGUGCACAAGUUACUGUAUCAGCAGGUGCAGUGUCUUCAGUUAAUGGUAUUGCUAUACUAGUUGGUGUACUCCUAACUGCCUUUGCCGUGGCUACUGUAGCUUACACUUACCGGCGUACAAAGACCUACACACUACUUGGCACAGGACACUCAUCUGUCAACUGGUUUCCUGAUCGUCCAUCUCUUCGCCUCUUUAUUCAAAACGUCUUUGGCCGUGCUCUGAGUGGGGAGAAUAGCCCUCUCUUAAAUGGUCGGGUAGUGUGAGUGACAGAAACGCAUUCUAGGUGCAUGAAGCCUGUGUGGAAGAUGGUGGCAAGAAUUGUUCUAUGGUUUUAUAAUUAAACAAAAGCAAGUGUCAUGUUACAUCUGACUUCUAAGUCUAUAAUGUCAACACAAAGCACUGUAGGUAUCAGUGGCUCUUCAUUUUUGUGAAGGGCAGACUGACAACAUUCUGUGGUUGAUAUGAUUUUCAAAUAAAAAAGGAACUAAAGAUCA